CGCGGGGUGAGGCGAGGCGGUGGUUGCUCCAGUAGCGGCGGCGCUGGGACGAGCCGUUAACAGUCGCGGCGGCCGUGACCGGGGGCGGUAUGAGCGGCUACUGGGGCCCAGCGGCAGGGCCGGGGCUGUUGGCUGCGCUGAGCUGCCUGUGGGCGGCCGGUCAGGCCCAGCUUAUAGGAGUCCUGGAUGAUUGCCAGUGUGAUAUAGAAAGCAUUGAUGACUUCAAUACUUACAAGAUUUUCCCCAAAAUACAGAAACUGCAAGAACGAGACUACUUCAGAUAUUACAAGGUUAAUCUUAAGAGACCGUGUCCUUUCUGGGCUGAUGAUGGCCAUUGUUCUAUUAAAGAUUGUCAUGUAGAACCUUGUCCUGAGAGUAAAGUGCCAAUUGGAAUUAAAGCUGGGAGUGCUAAUAAAUAUUCAAAAGCAGCAAAUAACACCAAAGAGUUGGAAGACUGUGAACAAGCUAACAAACUAGGAGCAGUGAACAGUACAUUAAGUAACCAAAGUAAAGAGGCUUUCAUUGAUUGGGCAAGAUAUGAUGAUUCACAGGACCAUUUUUGUGAACUUGAUGAUGAGAGAUCUCCAGAUGCCCAAUAUGUGGAUUUGCUGCUGAAUCCAGAACGUUAUACUGGAUACAAAGGGCCUUCUGCAUGGAGAGUGUGGAACAGCAUCUAUGAAGAAAACUGCUUCAAGCCUCGAUCUGUCUAUCGUCCUUUAAAUCCACUGGCACCUAGCAGGGGAGAAGAUGAUGGUGAAGGCUUCUAUACUUGGCUAGAAGGUCUUUGUCUGGAGAAAAGAGUAUUCUAUAAACUCAUUUCUGGACUUCACGCUAGCAUCAAUUUACAUCUAUGUGCGAAAUAUCUUCUUGAAGAAACCUGGGGAAAGCCUAGCUGGGGACCUAAUGUAAAAGAGUUCGUUCGCCGCUUUGAUUCUAUUGAAACAAAAGGAGAAGGACUGAGAAGGCUAAAAAACUUGUACUUCUUAUAUUUGAUUGAGCUACGUGCUUUGUCAAAGGUUGCACCAUACUUUGAGCGUUCAAUUGUAGACCUUUACACUGGAAAUGUCAACGAGGAUGCUGAAUCUAAAGCCCUCUUGUUGGAUAUCUUCAGAGACACAAAGUCUUUCACCAUGCACUUUGAUGAAAAGUCCAUGUUUGCAGGAGAUAAAAAAGGGGCCAAAUCACUGAAGGAAGAAUUCCGGCUUCAUUUCAAGAACAUAUCCCGCAUAAUGGACUGUGUUGGCUGUGAUAAAUGUAGAUUAUGGGGCAAACUGCAGACUCAAGGAUUAGGAACUGCCUUAAAGAUUUUAUUCUCUGAAAGAGAAAUACAGAACCUUCCUGAGAAUAGUCCAUCCAAAGGCUUUCAACUGACACGUCAAGAAAUAGUUGCUCUUGUAAAUGCAUUUGGAAGGCUUUCAACGAGUAUAAAAGAAUUGCAGAAUUUUAAAGUGUUAUUACAGCAUACUAGGUAAUGAAGGCUUUUGCUCAUCCUGGUAGUGAUGACCAUUAAAUGACUGCAUCAAGCAGACAGACAAAACAAUCCUUACAGGACUGGUUAUGAACUGAAAAAAAAAUCAAAUACCAACUUGAAUAUUUAUGUUGUUUCAAAUGGAAAUGGUUAUUAAUUAGAAAAGAUAUUUAUGAAUGACAUGUAUAGUUUUUAAACAUGUAAAUUAUGCUGACCUCCUGUCCAGUUUCUCUGCUUAUCAUUUACCAGUAAAUCAGUUUUUUCUUUAGUUCACUCUUUUAUUCAAAAACAACUGUUUAACAUGAAAUUACUAUACCUUCAUCCUGACUGCAGUGUUGAUGUGAAUAGACUUGCCCUACCACCAAGAGGAAAACACAAGGUGGUCCUCCUUUUUAAAUCAUGGGUAUCAGUAUAUUUUAAGGACCAGAUACUGAGUCUAACCCUGUAGAAGGAAAUCCUUCUUUUCCUUUCUUAAGCUCUUGCUUUUAUUUCCUUGCAUUAAAUUUUUUUUUAAAGUGGGAAACUGAAUUGAAUCUGUUUUCUACUGUGACAGCCUUAUCAGCCUGUUGAUGCCAACUAUUUUCUCCACUGUUUGUAAACUUUUAUUUUUUUAAAACAUACAUGUACAUAACUGCUUUGUUGCUGAUGGAGCAAGAGAGGAAAUAACUUUUACCAAUCCCUUUACUCUGCCUGUGUCUGCUGAGGAGGUUUUAAAAGUUAAGUGCUUGCUGCUAGCUGAGGAGCUUGGGUCAAGCUUGCCGUUCAGUCUUUGGUCACAGGUUCAGCGUCCAGAAAUUUUGUGGACUGUUAUAAAAAGUUAAUAUAGCACACUUGAAGCAGUGGAAAUGGGUUGGCUUGAAUGGGAUUGCUUGUUUGUAGUUCUACAUGAAAAGGUCAGUGCAAAAAAAGAAAAGGUUGUUUAUAGACUUUGUGGUAUGUUUAGGAUUUUUUUUAAGUGUGUUGGCAUUUAAUACUGCAUACUUUAUCUAUGCAAUCCCUAACGGUUCCUUUUUAAAAAGGGUAUUCAGCAUACGUAAUGAAACGGGUAUAUUACAGUGAAUCUUGCAUAAAUUGAUUGUUCUGUCAGUGUCAAAAGAGAAUCCAGAGACGGCACUACUGAUUAAUAGCAAUCAAUAAUUGAUGUAAAUCAAAAUUGAAAUAAGUAAAGCAAGAAGAGUAGUAUUUUUAAGCAACUUGUUUAUAAGUUGUAGUAAAUUGUGUUUUGGUGAGGAUAAUUAAAUUCAAUAUCAAUGUUUAUAAUGCUGGUACAGUCUAUAGAUGUCUUUACAGCAUGUUUUAUUUUCAAAAGUAAAAACAGUUUUCACAAAAUGAAUAAAAAGUGCUCUUAAACAUUUUUCAUCUUUAUCAAAGCUUACUCUGACUCGCUUGUUGUUCAUUAAAUUUUAUUUUCCAUAAUGCGGUUCUUUACAGUGGAGAAAGAACUCUUGAAAUCUGGGAUUUUUAUAUUGUGUCCUUCUCUGGUCUUAAGCCACAGGCAAAAUUACUUACUUUUUUUCCCAUUAGAAACAAAUUUGCUUAUCGUGCUCAUAACAUUUUGAUCUGUGGUGAGGUAAAAGUAGUGUGAAAACUAAAUGGAAAAUUACUUCUGGCGAUAGCUGACUAAAUUAUCAUUGAAACUGGUAUCCAGUUUUUGUAAGUUUUACUGUUAAGACUUAGAGGAAAAAAUGCUAGAACUCAUUUUAAACAAUGUCUUGAUGCAAUGUUAAAGUAAACUAAUGCUAAUUAGUAAACUAAUUUCUCUCUAGGGAGAGAAAUUGCACAUAAACCAGAAUAAAUGUUUGGAAACCAUUUCAAAUCUGUAACACAAUAGAAGUUCAGUGUACGUAAACCACUUUCAAAAUGGCCGAAACCAGUUUGAGAUAAACCUGGAUGGAAGUAGUAUCAGACUUAAAUCAGUUUAUUGAACUUUUGCCCCAGAUCCCCUCCCGAUUCAAGUGACCUCACAGUCCCCCAGCAUCCCAUGAUGCUUUGUACCUCCCCUGCAAGCUCCCCCUUGCUGGGUGGGCAGGCUAGCUUUGGCCCAAGCUGUCUGCUCCAGCAGAACAGGGAGGUGUGCUCUAGCACCCCCCGGCUUCCUGCCUGGGCCACAGCAGGCAUGCGGCUGCAUUUUCAGAGUCAAAAGUGAAUGUCUGUUCACUUGUAGAUUGAACCAAUAAAUGCAGUUUAGACUAAUCUGUGCAGAUUGAAUCGAUUCAGCCUCAGGCUUCUUGACUGUCUCCACUUAGCGAAAAUGUAGCUUACCCUGCUCAGUAACUUAACAGUUGUCUUAGUUUUAAAUGUAGUGUUUAAAAACAUCUUAUUUUGACUGACUUAUAGCUGAAAGGACCUCAGAUGUUUCUCUCCCUCAUGUUUCCUUAGUUAUUAAGGCCUACAAUUGAGCCUGCAGGUUCACUCCUUUGUGAGGCAUGGCACAUAGAAGAGAUUAAAUUGCAUUGUUAGUUGUAUUAGGGUGUCUAGAGCCUUGCAUAACCAUCCUUCUCAUUUCAAUUUAAAAAUAAACAUAGGUACUCUGUUUUGAGCUGGAAUUUAAGAUUUUAACAUUCCUUUGCUUCCUCCUUGCUUUGUGGGAGGGAGAGGAGAAAUAGUUUCUGUCACUUUGUUGGGGGGUGCAAUUGUAUUAUUGUCCUCAACACCCAGUUCCUAGCUAAUAUUAAUGGACACUGGAGAGACAUUGAUACAUGUUCCCUCCAUCCACUUGCUUACAUGAGAGCAGGUUAGAGGAUUUAGAGGAUUUGAGGGGGCAUGUGGUCCUUGAAAAGCAGCCUCCUGCACACACAGCCACAGUCCAGCAAAAUGAAUGCAGCUGUACAGGAGAGCAGGAAGAAGGAUUUUACUCCUUUUUAUUUCUAGGCUGUCUACGGCUUAUGGCAGGUACCAUAAGCCCUAGACGCAAACAAAUCUUACUAUCUGGUACAAACAGUAUAUUAAAAUCCAAGACACGACAUUUGAACUUCUGAGGAGGAGAUCAUGCACGUUUAGUAAAACAGAUAAAUACUAAUUUGUCAAAUUUAUCACAAACUUUGUUUUAUUUGGUGAUUGUGCUUUAUAUUGCUGUGCAUGCAUGAAAUACCACACUGUGCCACACUUCUUAAAGCUUUGUGUUGAUUGUUAGGAAGAAGAAACUUUUCUCUGUUGUGCUUUUUUUCUGAGAAAUGAUCUAUAAUACAUUGCAAGUACUAUAGAUGCUGCUGCUUAUAAAUUAACAAGCUCCAACUUGUAAACCUCAGCGCUGUUUAAUAUUUGAAUCCUUAAUGUAUCUAAUUUAUUGAAUUAUGUAAUUUAAGUUUACUAUACUCCAAAACUGACAUUAGAUCUGCUUGCUGCAAUUUUAAACACACGUAUAAAUCUUUCCUAUCUCUUACAUCUAAAUAUGUAAAAUGCAAAUUAAAGUAACUAUUUUUCUGGUA